UCAGCCAGUCAGCCCAUCCAUGCCUGAACCAAAAUUUCCUUGGCAACACACUAGAAAUAAAAGAAUUUUUGGUAGCUUGGAGAGAGGCCAAUAAGAUGAUUCUUGAGGACCUCAUAUUCUACGCCAUUGUCUUUGUUCUCUCGUACUUCCUUCUUAGUAAAAUCUUGUACAACAAAUUAUAUGGCCACCUUCCUCCAAGUCCAUUGGCCUUACCAAUCAUCGGCCACCUCCAUCUCCUAGACCCUCUCAUGCACCAAGCCUUACACAAGCUUUCCUCUCGCUAUGGCCCCUUGAUGUACCUUCGCCUUGGUUCAGUCCAGUCUCUUGUAGUCUCCAACCCUGAAAUGGCUAAAGAAUUUCUCAAGACGCAUGACCGUACAUUCUCUUAUCGCAUAUUCAACCAAGCCAUCGAUUACCUUACUUACAAUGCUGCGACUCCCCUGGCACCCUAUGGCUCUCUCUGGAUUUUCAUUAAAAAACUGAGCAUAUCUGAGCUCCUAGGCAGCCAUACCCUUAACAAAUUCCUUCCUAUAAGAAACCAAGAGUUGCAUUCUUUUCUUGGACUAGUAUUCGACAAGGCCAAAGCAGGCGAGAGCAUUAAUGUCACAAAGGAGAUAUUAAGAUUUACCAACAGCAUAAUCUCUCAGAUGAUACUAAGUACAAGGCGUUCACUAGAGGCCGAUGAGGAGGAAGAGGCCAUAAAACUGGUGCGUGAGGUGACAGAGGUCUUUGGACAAUUUAAUGUUUCAGAUUUUAUAUGGUUUCUAAAGAACUGGGAUUUGCAAGGGUUUCGAAGGAAGCUGGAGGACAUCCGCGGGCGUUAUGAUGUAUUGUUAGAGAAAAUCAUCACAAAGCGUGAACAAGAAAGAAAGAAGAAGAGCUACAAAAGUGAAAAUGGAUCAGUGAAGGAUUUUCUUGACCUUCUGCUUGAUAUUAUGGAAGACGAAAACUCUGAGAUGAAGUUAAGCAGAGAUCAUUUGAAAGGAUUAGUUAUGGACUACCUGACAGCUGGCACAGAUUCAACAGCAGUGUCAAUUGAAUGGGCAAUAGCAGAGAUGAUCAAUCAUCCAAUGGAGCUGAAAAAAGCAAGGGAAGAGCUUGAAAGAGUUGUAGGGAAAGACAGGCUAGUACAAGAAUCAGAUGUUCCAAAUCUUCCAUACCUCCAAGCCAUCAUAAAGGAAACAUUCAGGCUUCACCCACCAAUUCCGCUGAUCCUUAGGAGUUCCAUUGAAGAAUGCAAAGUGAACGACUACACCAUCCCUAACGGCACCUUGCUUAUAGUAAACCUGUGGUCCAUUGGCAGGGAUCCUGAAACCUGGAAGAAUCCAUUAGAGUUUCGGCCUGAAAGAUUCUUGCCAACAAGAAGCGAUAAUCAAGGUUACUGGGUAGGUCCUUUAGAUGUUAGAGGCCAACAUUAUCAAUUACUGCCAUUUGGUACUGGAAGGAGGAAUUGCACUGGCAUGUCCUCAGCUAUGCAGAUUUUGCCCAUCACAUUGGCAGCAAUGAUUCAGUGCUUCGAUUGGAAGGUGGUGAAUUCACGGUCACCGGAAGUUGACGGAGAUAAUGUGGUUGAUAUGACUGAAAAGCCUGGAAUCACAGCUCCAUUAGCCCAUGAACUUGUGUGUGUUCCGAUAGCACGUUUCAGUCCACACAAUACUUUCAACGCUGCAUAAGAUCCAUAUAGCACCACGCAUCCACGUUGAAUUCUGAUAACUUGUUGCUAUAUAAUAUACAAACUUUCGCAAUGUAAUCAAAUAUAUAAAGCCCUAUAUAUUGUCUAUUAUAUCAAGUUUAUAUUUACGUACUUGGUUUCUGUAUCCCUCUAUUUGAAAUAAAUGAAUGUGAAAUUUUUAUAGUUUAAAGAAAA